CUACGCUCUCUUGUAACCCCUUUUCUUUUCUAUCUGUUCUCACAUCCUCUCUCCAUCAUGGCUCAGUACGCGUAUGACGAAGAGGGUUUUAACUUUUACUACUUUCUCAUAGCAGUGUUGUCACUCUGCCUUGUACCUACUACGAUACAAUCGUUACAUGCUUUAUAUAAAUCAGCAUCUACCAAACAUAAAGAUGUUUGUCACUGUCAAAUAUGUGAAAAAGGAAGAAAGAGGGCAAAAAAUGUCAAGUCUAGUUCAAUCAAAAAACUAUUGAUGAGUCCCAAAUUUCUUUUCUUAGUCAUUGGUUGGGUUGGAGUCGUACUUUUGGCCAUGCAAGUUGCUAAUGCUGAAGUAAAAUCAGUUACUUGGGAUCCUUAUGAAGUUAUGGGUCUUAAAGAGAGUGCUACUGAAGCUGAAAUUAAAAAGGCUUACAAAAAGCUAUCACUUGUAUAUCAUCCUGAUAAAGCCAAGCCAGGCAAAGAAAAAGAGAAUGAGGAACGAUUCAUUGAUAUUACCAAGGCUUACAAAGUAUUGACAAAUGAAGAGGCUCGUAGAAACUAUGCUGAGUUUGGUCACCCGGAUGGUAAACAAUCAUUCACUAUGGGUGUCGCUUUACCCAAAAAAUUGGUGGAGGGCAAUGGAAUGUACGUCUUGGGCUUUUAUGCACUCGCAUUUGGCCUUGGUUUGCCUUAUUUCAUUGCUCGCUGGUGGUAUAAAUCACGUCGUCUUACAAAGGAUAAAAUCUUGAACAAGACAAUGGGAGUCUUUGUCAAGGGCUUAAAGGAAGAAGACGGUUUUAAAGAAAUCAUUUACACUCUAUCUGGUGCCAUUGAAUAUAAGGAAGCUGUUGAUGUUCGUCCUAAUGAAGACAGAAUGCUCAACAUUAUCAACGGUGCUAUAGCAGAUGAAAUGGAAAAGAAGUUGGGUGAAAAGUUUGAUCGCCUUAAUGAUUCAGUACCUGCCUAUCGUCGCAAGACUCGUGCACUCAUCUACGCUUACUUGCUUCGUGUUGAUCUUGAAAAGAAAGGAGUGAACAAUCAGUUGAUUAAGGAUCAAAGCUUUGUUGUGGACAAGGCUAUCCAUUUAAUUCAAGGCCUUAUGCAAAUCGCUACUGUCAAACAAUGGCUCAAUGUUACAUGUCAUUUGAUGGAAUUACAACAGCAUUUAAUGCAAGCUACUUUCCCAGGAGAACCCAGCAUCAAACAACUUCCUCACGUCACUACGACUCUCGUACGUCGUUAUAAUCGUGGUAGAAAGACAAAGAUCCAAACAGUUCAGCAAUUUUGUGACAUGCCUAACGAUGAACGUAAAAACAUGCUAAAGACAUUAUCUGAUUCUGAAUAUUUGGAUGCUGUUGAAGUCGCUCAACGUAUUCCUAAAUUAAACGUUGAAAAGGCUGUGUUUAGAGUGAUUGGAGAUAGAAUUGUUACAACAGGCGCAAUUAUUACGUUUGUUUUGAAGUUAAGAAAUGGCCAAGUCGUUGAUGUUGAUACCGAAACAAAAGAAAAGCAAGAACACGAUGAUGAGGACGAAGAAGAAGAGUUGUUGGAUAAUAAAAAGAAGAACAAAAAAACUUUACCCUCUGCACAUACUCCUUACUACGCUGGUGAAAAGAAGCCAUGCUGGUGGAUUUUCUUGGGUGAUCCUAAAGUGAAUCGUAUCCUUGUACCUCACAAGAAGGUGACAGAUAUUGUUGAUGAAGAAACAAUCAAGGUUCCAUUCCCUGGUCCACCUAAGCCUGGUGUGUACACAUUCUCGUUCUUUAUAAAAUCGGAUACCUACGUUGGCACAGAUAUUGUACGAGACAUUACACUGAAAGUCCAUGAUCCAUCUGAUCUUCCUCCAGAAGAAGAAGUAGAUGACAGUAUCUCUGAGCCUGAAGAAGAUUCUAUUGCUGGACAAAUGAAGCUGAUGAGAGAACAAGGAUUUGCUUCUGCUCUAGCUGGUGGAUCCACCAAGAAGCCCCAGAAUGAUGAUUCUGACUCUGAUUCUUCUUCCGAAGAAGAUGAUAAUAAUUAUGUUACUGAAUCUGAUGAAGACGAUUAAAUUUAAUAUUGCUGUUUCAAUAAAAUAUAUACGUUUCCUUUCACUUGUAUACACCAUA